GUACGGUUACAGAAACCAUAAAAUCCAACGAAAGGAAUGUAAACUAGAAUGAAUAUCCUUGUUUUCUGGUCCUCAGAAUUUCAGGCCUCGCACCCAAGAAAUGGACGGUGCUGAGAUUCCCGAAGCCUUCCAUGAAUGGCAGCAAAUCCCGUCCCCACUUCCCCAAAACACUCCCACAGAGCACCAAUUCGGUUUGGGAUGGGAGAGUGAGACGGCGCUGGCGGUUGUCGGAGACAACUACCUCAACCCCAACGAUGACGGCUCCAUCUUCCCUCCUCCGGACCUUCAAUCCCCAGAAGACCCAAACUCUGAAGGUGAUGAUGAGGAGGAAAAUCGAAGGCCCCUGGUGGGAUAUGAUCAGAUAGGGAGGCGUUGUAGGGUGCGGUUUGAAAUUCUGAGGGCCGCGGUCUUCCGGGUGGCCUCUAGAGUUCGUAACACUGCGGUGUGCGCCGGGGGGUUUUGGUCGAUUGCAUCCGUGACCGGAGUCGUUGCGGCGGUGUUGCUGUCAUUCUUGUACGUAAGGGUGCGGCGGUGGCGUCAAAAAGUCCACCAACAGAGCAAGGAUCGUUUUGUUUUUCUCAUCAGAGAAAAAGACGAGAAGAUCAACCAGCUCUUGCUCCACAUUGCACAAAUGAAUGAAGUAGUAUCAGCACGCCGCAGGGUUCCUGUGCUCAGAAUUGGUUGAUUGAUCGUGCAAAGUCAGCCAACCAGAUGUUGAUUUAGGAUCUGUCUCUCGCCUGUGCAUUAUGUGAUGAAGUCGGCAUCUUCUUGUGCAUCAGAAAAUGGAAAGAGAUACAUGCGUUUAGUUGCUUAGGUGCUUCUAUAUCAUACCAAAUUCUUCAUAUUGUAUUAAGCACAUUUUAUCUCUCUAUCUGAGUAGUUGUGUUCUUGUGAUUAUACUAAUGGCCUAAGCUAGCAAUACCAUGAAUUCCUUCUCAGUUA